AUGGCACCCUCGACUCAUUUCAAGCUGAACACAGGCGCUCAGAUCCCUGCCGUGGGACUCGGCACUUGGAGAUCUGAACCUGGGCAGGUGCGCCAAGCAGUCUCCUUUGCCCUGAAGAACGGAUAUAGUCACAUUGACGCAUCAUUGAUCUACGGGAACGAACACGAACUGUGGAACACCAAUCAUCCCAAUGUCGCGGAAGGUCUCCAAAACACACUUGACGCUUUGGGCACGGACUACCUCGAUCUAUCCCUCAUCUACUGGCCAGUUCGACUUGUCCCUAACGAAUCGAGCGCGCUUCUACCAGUCAAUCCAGAUGGUAUACGCUCCGUCGACCGAUCCUGGGACCAGAGUGAGACCUGGCGCCGGAUGGAGGCGGUAUACAAGGCGGGCAAAGUGAAGGCAAUUGGCGUAGCCAACUGGUCAAUUCCCUAUCUAGAGGAGCUCAAAAAGAAGUGGACUGUGGUCCCUGCUGUCAAUCAAGUCGAGCUACACCCUUUCCUUCCUCAGCAUGCUCUGAAGGAGUGGUGCGACAACCAUGGCAUCCUCCUCGAGGCGUACUCACCACUCGGCUCCGAAGGCGCUCCACUCAUGUCCGAUACUGCAAUUCAGGAGAUGGCUAAGAAGAAUGAUGUCUCACCCGCCACCGUACUCAUCAGCUACCACAUCAACAGGGGCGCUGUUGUACUGCCCAAGUCCAUUAAAGAAAGUCGAAUUGUGAGCAACCGUCAAGUCAUCCCUCUCUCACGCGAUGAUAUGGAUGUUCUGAAUGGCCUGGCUGCACAAGGAAAGGCGAGGCGUAUCAAUAUGCCUCUGUUUGGAUGGAAUCUGGGUUUCGAUGACUGGUACAAGCAGUAA